UUAGAGAGAGAAGAGACUGAGAGAAGAUGGGAUCCAGUGGGAGCAAGCAGGAGGAAAGCAGAGACUCACCUGCAAAAACGGGACUUCAGGGACCAAGAGGAGAGAAGAAGAUCCUCGACCUGUGUGAGACCGAGGAGCAGAUGGAGAAGAUGAGAGUUCUGCUUCUAAAAAAGAAAAUCAACCAACUUAAUCAACUUUCAUUGCUCCGGUGUGAAAUUGAGAGGAUCCACAGAGAGAGAGGAGACUCAGAGAAGAGGGGAUCCAGGGAGAGCAGGCAGGAGGAGACCAGUAAAGAGAGAGAAUCCACACCAGAGGAGAAGCGCUACGACCCGGAUGAUCCGACUCUGACCAUCGUGGCUGAAGAAGAUCAACUAGACUUUGAGUUGGACAACUUUCCGUCUCCCAGAGCUCUGAUGUCUUGUGGUCACGCCGUCACCCCGACGUCUCUCACCAACUGGUGCCGCCGGCAGCUGGACCAGGGCCAGAGAUUCUUUGUUUGUGGGAUGCCUGACUGUGAUGCUCAGUGGUCCUUUGAGGAAGUCCGUCAAAUGGCUCUUCUGACCCCUGAAGAAAUCCGAUACUUUGAAAACAAAAUAUCUGAAAACACCAGGGACUGCUUCAACACAAAAUCAUGUCCUGGCUGCCAGUCCACAGUGAUGAGGAGUGAUUUCACCAACCUCUGUGUUCAGUGCACGGUGUGCACCAAUGACGGCAGAAGGCCUUUCUUCUUCUGCUGGCAGUGCCUGAGAGAGUGGCGAGGCCCGUCUCCACGUACAGACCGCUGUGACAACAGAGGCUGCUUCAAUAAGGCCUUAAAGACUCUGAAGAACUGUCCAGACAUGACCUUCUCAGCGAUGCCGAGGGUCACCGGCUGCCCCUCCAUCCGGGCCUGCCCCUCCUGUGGCUUCCUGCUGGGACACGACCAAACCGGCUGCAAAUUCUUGUUGUGUCCUCAAUGCUGUAAGGGGUUCUGCUUUGUGUGCCUGAAGAACAAACAAGACUGCAUGAACACAAGUAAAUAUUUUGGCAUUUGCUCCAGUGGCGUGGCCCCAAGACAGACUUCUGUACCCAAGCUGAAGUGAGAAAAUUAGUGUGUUAACGUUCUGCUUGUGAUCUGACUCUGAUCCGGCUCUUAAGGCGCUUUCAAAUCUUUCAGUUUGACUCAAAUGAUGCUUUCAGCAUAACGCUGCAUUUUUUUCUGUAAACUCGGAAACAUGAUGGUUGUAAUAAGACAGCAAUGAAGUGGAAAAACUUCUUGAGAUUCAGAAACUCUUUUGAAAUGUUUAUAUUAGGGUUGUCAAAACCUGAAUUUUUAAAAAAUGCUGAUUAAUCACAUUUUUUCACAGUUAAUAAUCACGCUUUGAACUGCAUGUUUAAAAUUCUGUUGUUUUGCAUUUCGAGGCAGUUUUCAGCCCAGAACAUAAAGCAUUCAUCAGUCCAAACAAUCAGUUAAAAAGUUGGAUUUAAAGUAAUCGAUGUUUUCGGCAUUGCGACUUUCUGCGGUGACUGAUUUCUUAGCAGAGCGUCUUCACUGGGAAUAAAAACACAGACAAAGAAUUUUCUCUUUGACCUUGUUGUAGUUUCUU